AUGUCAAUCACAAUCGACGACCAAACCUCCACUGCUGAAGAUCUCUCAACCGAGGAGAUGGAACUACUCAUAUUCGCCAAGAAGAUGCACGACCGGAAGCCCUCUGUCUCCCACGCUAUCCGUGUGGCCAUGGCCAUCAUUCGCAAGACUCAAAUCCGACACAAGAUCCGCUCUGGCGCCACAGCUAUCAUCUUUCAAGGUAUGGCGGAUCAUCAAGAGGAUACCUGCUUGGAAAUGGACGAGCACGUCAACCUCGUACUCGAAUACAACAAGACCUUGAUCAAGCCGGAGAACGGCAUGGAGGAUAGUCUUCGUCGUGCGGAUGAGAUGCGGGAAGGGCUUCGUCUAGCAGAGCUUGUAGGUGCCUCAUUUCGAGCCGCUAGGGGAGUUCUAACCAAGUGUCCGGCCGCUGUUGGGAUUGAGAUCUUGAGAUCGCCAGGGACUCAUGUUCAUGAUGCGAGAUGUGGUUAUGGCCGAGCCCAUGGCAGUGGUAAUGGCAAUGGAGGUGGCCAUGACCCGAGUCAUGGUACUGGCAGUGGAGGUAGUCACGGCGAUGGCGAUGGUGAUGGUCCUGCAAGUCCAGCCAGCACGGAGGGCACAUUGUCUUAG